GUUUCCCGACUUCCGCAACACCCCUCGUCAUCGUGGCUUCACCCAAGAGGCUGCUUCGGAUAGCAUCCAUUCUCUCAACCUUUUGCCCUCCGGCUUUCCUUCUACGACAUAGCCACUCGAUACACCGAUUCAGCAUCAACAUGGCUUGGAGAUGUACCGGUUCCAGCAACGAGGCGCUCAUCGACAAUAUGUGGAGGAGCGGGCUCAUUACUGAUGCUCGUGUCAAGGAAGCCUUUCUCAAGGUUGAUCGUGCGCAUUAUGCUCCGUCAAUGCCAUACGAAGAUUCUCCCCAACCUAUCGGCCACUCUGCCACCAUAUCUGCUCCUCACAUGCACGCCUCAGCCAUCGAACAUUGUCUCGCAUACUUAAUCCCCUCCUCAAUCUCUCCAUCACCACGCGUCCUCGAUAUCGGCUCCGGGUCGGGAUAUUUGACACAUGUAAUGGCUGAACUAGUCGGCGAAAAGGGCCUCGUGGUGGGACUAGAGCAUAUUAGGGAAUUAAAAGAACUAGGGGAACAUAACAUGGCAAAGAGUCCAGAAGGGAGAAAGUUUCUUGAGAGUGGCAAAGUCAAGUUUAGGUUGGGCGAUGGGAGGAAGGGAUGGGUUGAAGAACCAAGAGAAGGGGAACAGGACGAAGGAAAGGGGUGGGAUGUUAUUCACGUCGGAGCUUCGGCGGUUGAGAUACAUCCGGAAUUGCUAGAGCAGUUAAAAGCGCCUGGAUGCAUGUUUAUUCCCGUGGAUGACGAUGGGAUGGGACAUAGCCAGCACGUCUGGCGGAUCGAAAAGGACGGGAAUGGGGAAAUUACAAGGAAGAAGUUGUUUGGCGUUCGAUAUGUACCCUUGACGAAUGCGCCAAAGUAG